AUGAGUUUUGGAUACAGUAUCGGGGACUUUGUGUCUCUUCUUGAAUUGACGAAUCGUAUCCGUAAACGAUUUGUCCGGGCUCCGGCUGAGUUCAAGGAGAUUUCUGAGGACAUCAAGAAGUUGGGUGCCCUUCUCCAAGAUAUCGACGAUUUCGAGUCUGAACAAGGCUUGGAUACACGGCAAAAAGCUUCCAUAAAUCAAAUGAGUAAAUCAUGUCGGGAGGUCCUCACGGAGCUAGAAAGCGUGCUUGAUAAGUACCAGGAGUUGGAUCACGACGAGAAGAAUCUUGGUAAAAAGACCCGACGUGUUUGGAAAAGGCUACAAUGGGAUCAAUCAAAGAUUAUGGAUCUUCGAAAACGGACCGAUUCACAUGUGAACUGGUUUAGUAACGUGAUUGCGAGGUUAAAUGGCUCUGUUAUACUUGCGGUAAAAGACGGUGUGGACCGACUGUGCCAGUACCAAGGAGACGAAGAGAAACAAAAGAUUCUCGAUUGGCUGACUCCAACUGACUAUACAGCACAGCAAAAUGACAUCUUGAGACUACGAGAGGAAGGCACCGGCAAAUGGCUCUUGGAAAAAGCCGAGUUUAAAUCAUGGUCGAGCACAAAGCAACAGACCCUGUUCUGUCUGGGCAUUCCCGGAGCUGGCAAAACGACACUUGUAUCUAUUAUAAUCGACCAUCUGGAGCAGAAGUUUCGCGCCGAGCCUGAUGUCGGGAUUGCGUACAUAUACUGCAAUUUUCAGUCUAGUUCCGAAUCGAAUAUUCAAGCCUUCCUUGCGAUUUUGAUAAAGCAACUUGUUCAGAGGCAAUCAGAACUACCCGUUGCAGUGGUCGAUAUGUAUAAAAACCACGAAAAGAAGAACACACGGCCUAGGACUGAUGAGCUAUCCUCGUGCCUACGAUCUGUGACCGCUGGACUCUCGACGGCUUUCAUUAUAGCAGACGCUUUGGAUGAAUGCAGAACAGCUAAUGGGUUACGCGUCAUUAAGAUCACGAAAUCAGUUGAUGGAAUGUUCCUCCUCGCAAAACUGUACCUCAAUUCUUUGAGAGGAAAGAGUUCACCAAAGGCCGUACGGACUGCGCUGAGCAGACUGAAUACUGGAUCAAACGCAUAUGGCCACGCGUACAAAGACGCAAUGGAGCGGAUUGAGCAUCAGGGGACUGAGGAGAGAGACCUUGCCAAGAAUAUCUUGUCAUGGAUCACCUGUGCGAAAAGACGUUUGACGGUAAACGAACUUCUUCACGCUUUUGCCGUUGAGAUUGGUCUAUCUUACCUUGACGAAGACAAUCUCUCCGACAUGCAAUAUAUGAUCUCUGUUUGCGCUGGCCUGGUAGCUGUUGACGAGGAAAGUGGCAUUAUCAGAUUGGUUCACUACACCACGCAGGAAUACUUUGAACGGACAUGGCAAAUUUGGUUUCCCGGGGCGCAUCGAAACAUAGCCAUAGCCUCUCUCACAUAUCUCCUCUUUGAUCAAUUCGCUACUGGGCCCUGUGGAAAUUGGGAGGAGUAUAGAGACCGGUUACAAGAAAAUCCAAUUUACGAAUAUGCUGCGCGAUAUUGGGGUUAUCAUGCAAAGGAAGCUUACUCUGAGGUGAAGGAUUUGGUAGAUAAGUUCUUUCAACGCAAAUCGACACUCGCCAGCGUAGCACAGGUCUUGUCCCUUGAACGAAAGUUUCGAAGCUGCAUACCACUAGCCCACAAAGGAAUAUCCGGCCUACAUAUUGCUGCAUGGUUUGGACUAAACGAUAAAGUCAAAGAAAUUUUGAAGGGGUCUCAGAGUCAUAAUGCCGCCGAUAAAAAAGGUCGGACGGCACUGCAUUGGGCCACCCGGAACGCGCAGGCUCAGACCGUUGACUUGCUGAUACAAGAAGGGGCAAGUGCCAAUGCAACGGAUAAAAGAGGCAUGACAGCCUUACACUAUGCUGCACUUCAAGGAGACAAUCAUCUGAUACAGCUUCUAGUAAAGAAUGGCGCGCAUUUAGAGGUCGUGGAUGAAAGCGGACAGACCCCCUUUUUGACAGCAGCAGGUUAUGUGAAGAUCGCAUCAGUUCAAGAGCUUCUAUCUUACGAUACUGCAAUCAAUGCUGUCAAUCCGGAGCAUAAAAAUGCGUUGCAUCUCGCCAUACUUGCCGCAAAAGAUGAAACACCUCAAUUGGUAGAAAUGCUUCUGUCACAUGGGGUUUGCCCUACUUUGUGCGAUGUCAAAAAUAUGACUCCGGUGCACUAUGCAGUUGCAAUUAGAAAUCUGGAAAUCAUGCAAUUGUUUAUUGAGGCGGGKGUCGAUAUCAAUUUUGGCAUUGAAAGGCGGCGCUGGAGAGAAACCACUAAGGCAGGACGAUCCUUCUACGUGUUAGACCAGCCUCCUGAGAGGGCGAACGCCAAUUCGCGAGAUGCAGUGGGCCUGACUCCAUUGCAUUUUGCUGCAUAUACCGGCUAUCGUAUCAUGAUAGAGUAUCUCCUGAGCAAGGGUGCGGAUCCGAACGCAUGCUGUUGUAGCGAUGGCGACACGCCUCUCCAUAUUGCAAUCCGUAGAGGUCUAUUGACCAUGGAAUAUGAAGGAGACCCUUGGACAGACAUUACAUGGACGGUUGAAACGGACUUUACUACUACUGAUGAAACAGAGACCGAUGGAGAAUAUUCACAGUGGCAUAUGGCUAAUGAACGUUGGGGAGUUAUUGAUAUGCUUCUUGCAACCACGAACAUUGAUGUGAAUAUCCAGAAUGCUCACCUAGAAUCCUCUCUACAUUGUGUUCAUUAUGGAGGGUCGCAUUCGGACACCAUUGUUGCCAAACUGCUUCAGAAAGGAGCCGAUCCCCUCAAAAUUAACAAGAAAGGUCAAACAGUAUUUCACCUCGCCUGUGAAGCAACUGAUUUGGAGGCCAUUGAUCACAUUCUUGAUGCUGGUGGUUCCACUACCAUUGAAGAUGCAAAGGGACUGACCGCGCUUCAUUAUGCGGUGCGUGCCAAUGGAUAUGAAACGGCAAAGUUGAUACUGGAUCGCAACGGAGACACCGCGACGAGCCUAUGUCUUGCUGCAGACAAGAAAGGCAGGACACCGUUGCAACAUCAUCUACAGUUCGACCCACACCCUCAGGUAGAAAUGAUCACCCUCUUACUGGAUCACGGUGCAAAUGUGAACCACACCGAUUUGGACGGAAACUCUCCCUUAAGUAUCUAUUUACAAGCUCCAACGUAUGGAGACCGAACGGCAAUUACUCGCUUUCUAUUAGAACAAGGCGCCAAUCCGCUCUGGAAGGACGGUGGUGGCCAGACCUUAGCUCACGUUACAAUGAACAAUCACAAAGCUGAGGUAGGAGUUCUAGAGCUCCUGUAUUCGCAUGGUGUAGAUCUUAGCAUGAAGGACAAGCAAGCCCGGAGUUUCCUACAUUACGGAGCAAUAUAUGGUUCACUGCACGAUGAAGUGAUUCCCUUUUUGCUAAGGAAUAAGUUCGACGGGAUAUAUGAAAGAGACCUUGAAGAUAAAUCACCUCUCAUGCAUGCAGAAGCAGCUGAAGCGGCUAAAGAAGAGCGACGUCGGACUGGCAAAUAUCAUGGUCCGAGAUGGAGAAGGUCGUUGAAAAUUUUGAAGCAGAUGGAGAAUAACAAGCUGAUACAAUGUGACAUUCAAGAUGAACAUGCCAUAUCUGUGGAUUUAGAGGAGUUAAAUUGA